CUGUGCCCGGCAGUGGCACCUCCGAGCACGGCCACGACCAGCACCGCCCCGGGAGCAGCCACCCCACCGUGGGCAGGGCUGCCACAGCACCCCAUGGCCAUGGAGAUUCUUGGCCCAUGGUUCGGCAAUGGCAGCAGGGCACUGUGCCCCGUGGACGACGCCUUCGCCCAGCGCUUCUUGCCCGCUGUCUACCUGUCGGUGAUCCCCCUGGGGCUGGUGGGGAACGGGCUGGGGCUGUGGCACCUCUGCACCGGGCCCCGGCGGGGCGCCCGCCAUCCCCUUGGCUUGCUGGUAGGCAACCUGAGCCUGGCCGACCUGCUGUACGUCAGCACGCUGCCCUUCCUUGUCAGCUACUACCUGCGGGGCAGAGUCUGGCUCUUCGGACACAGCUGGUGCCGGAUCACCCGGGGCCUCUUCCACCUCAACCUCUAUGCCAGCAUCGGCUUCCUCACCUGCAUCAGCGUCCUCCGCUACCUGGGCAUCGUGCACCCGCUGAAGGCAUGGGGCAGGUACCAGGGGACAACCUCUUCGGUGUGGCUCAGCGUGAUGGUCUGGGUAUGGGUCAUUGCACAGGUAGCUCCCGAUUUUGCCUUCAGCAAGAUGGAUGAUAUGGGGACACGGUGCCACGACACGACAGGGCAUGAGAACCUGGCGGCUUACUUGCCAUACACUGCAGCCAUCACCGUGACUGGGUUCAUCAUCCCAUUCCUCAUCAUCAUUCUUUGGAAAUGGAAAUAUUUAAAACCUGAUAUUUUAAUGAAUAUAUGA